AUGGUCGUGUUCAAACCAUCCCUCGUGCUGUUCUCAGUUGUACUCGCUCUCGGCGUCGCUGUUAUACCCGCUGUUCAUGCUGCCGGCUUCAAGCUCGAGAUCGACACGGAUGACGACCAGGCAUCCAAAGCCAAAGAGCCCAUGAAAGCUCCAUUCGCUUGUGUGAUCAAGUCGACGAGCUGCAAGUCGACGGCGCACUACCUCAACCAGGAGUACGGGCCUUCGCUCAACCUCACCACCUGCCACCACGAUGCUGAUUGGAAGAACUACUGGAACCGUGUCACCGUCGGCAGUGGCAACGGCAUGUUUGUCAACACGUUCUAUGUCAGCACGGCUGCCGAUGCUUCUGUUCUUCGGUCGGCUGUUGAGGGCGGCAAGUGCAGCGUGAGCAAGGACACCAGGCCGGGUGCUCUGCUGACUGCUGCUGCUGUUCGUGACAUGCUCGACGACGUUAUCAACACUCACACCCGCUGCAACGCCUACAUCACCUGCGACCGCACCGACCAAGUCGACGACAAGUGCUUCCCCAUCACCGCUCAUGAUUCCAAGAAAGACGACGAUGACGACAAGUAA